UCUUGUUAUUUGUGGGUCAUGCCUUCUGGACUCAAUGUGAAGGAACAGGAAUGCUUGAAUACAGAUGUCAAAUUUAUAGGGCAAUAAAGUUUUAAAAACAAGUAAAUCACAGAUAAGGUCGUUUCCUUUGCAAAUAGAGCAAAGGAAUUUGGUUGAUAAUUGUAAAAAAAAGUAUAGCACCAUUCUUAGGACUGCAAAACAAUUUGGAAAAUGAGUGACGACUUUCCAAGAAGACCAUUUGCUGAAGGGCAGUCACCAACCUUUGAAGAAGCAGUAAAACCCAACAACACUUCCGCUACAAGUUCCUUUAGUAAAACUCCGGUCUCGCCGUAUCUCAAUUAUGAUUCGCGAUAUCUGCAUCAAGCACAGCCAGAGUUUAUUUUUCCCGAGGGGGCUAACAAGCAGCGUGGACGCUUUGAAUUGGCCUUCUCACAGAUAGGCACAUCAGUAAUGAUUGGCGGCGGAAUUGGCGGCCUAGCCGGUAUUUAUAAUGGUUUUAAAGUCACAAAGGCACUCGAGCAGAAAGGAAAAGUGCGUCGAACUCAGUUAAUUAAUCACAUUAUGAAGCAAGGCUCGGGGACUGCGAACACAUUGGGUACAUUGACAGUGCUUUAUUCGGCUUGUGGAGUUUUGCUGCAGUUUUUCCGUGGAGAAGAUGACCAUAUAAACACAGUAAUUGCGGGCUCUGCCACAGGACUGCUAUACAAGUCAACAGCUGGCCUCAGGACGUGUGCUUUUGGUGGAGCUAUUGGGCUGGGCAUUUCGUCGCUCUAUUGCUUAUACCUAAUAGCCCAAGAAAACAGUUCGAACUCAAGUCCCAAAUACCUAUAGAUGGCUAAAAUAUGUAGUACGCAGACAUUACUAGAAUCCCUUCUAGCCGAUUAAAAUUAUAAAUACAAAAUUUUAA